UGCCGCUCGCUGCUCCGCUUGAUUCUCAUUAAGUCUGUGCUCCGCGCCGGUGCAGACUCCGCUCGCUGCACACGACUCACGAGCUCAUCUUAUCGCCACUUCCCACGCGCUCUCACUCCGACCCCAUCUCCUAGCUCUACUCCCCACCUACCGCGCGCUGCAAAGACCCAUUGCCCAUGGCGGACCUCGAAAAGUUCGCGGGCUCGGCCGUCUCUGACGCGCCAACAAAUUCGCCCCCAAGUUCGAAGCAGCUCGAUGCGCCCGACAUCGUGAUCGUCGACUGGGCGCCCGACGACCCAGAACAUCCGUUCAACUGGCCUCGUGCGCGCAAGUAUCGCAUGGUGGUCAUAGCAUGCUUCAUCACCGCGCUCACAGCCCUCAAUAGCACUGGCAUGAGCAUCAUGACGACAUGGGGCACGGCGUGGUUUGGCACGACCCGGGUGCACUUCAUCGCCGGUCUUACGCUAUACAACGUCGCGAGCAGCAUUGCGCCGCUACUCCUCGCGCCACUGAGCGAGCAUUUCGGACGGAACGGGAUCUACCAGAUCUCCUCGAUCAUUAACAUGCUUCUCUUCCUUCCACAGGUGUUUACGAAGAACUUGCCCGGCUUCCUCGCGUGCCGGUGGUUCCAAGGCAUGGUGGCCUCGGUCGGCAUCUCGAUGGUCGGGGGCACGAUCGCGGACGUGUUCGAGGCGCGCGACAGAGGGCAGGUCAUGAACCUGUUCGCGCUCAUAAUCUUUAUCGGGCAGGGCGCAGGCGGAGUUACGAUGGGCUGGAUUGGCGAGCGCCUCGGAUAUCAGUGGUGCUGGGGCGCGCAGACGAUCUGGGCGGCGGCAUCAUGUGUUAUUAACGCCCUCUUUCUGCGCGAGACGCGUGCCAACACGCUCCUGACGCGGCGCGCGCGCCGCCUCACCAAGGAGACAGGGGUCAAGCAUGUCGCGCGCUCAGAUAUCGAGCGCAAGCACCAGUCGCUGCUGCAGCAGCUGAGGGUCACUGCCAUCCGCCCGCUAAAAUUCCUCGUCACGGAGCCCAUCGUCAGUUCGCUCAGCCUCUGGAUCGGCCUCGCUUGGGGUAGUCUCUUCCUGGGCGGGCCGUCGACGAUGCUCGUCUUCGCGCAGUACGGCUUCUCGCCCGGCGAGAAGGGCAGCAUGGGCGCGUGUAUCGCCAUUGGUGGUAUUAUCGGGUAUGCGACCGCGUCCCACCAGGAACGGCUGUACGCGCGCGCGGCGGCGGCGAGCGGGCGCGCGCCCCCCGAAGCGCGCCUCUACUGGGCUGCGGCAGGCGGCCUCCUCUUCCCGGCCGGCAUGAUGGCCUUUGCAUGGACAGGACGCCCGCACGUACCCUGGCCCGUCCCCGCCGCCAUGCUCUGCAUCUCCUACUGGGGCAUCUACAGCAUGUAUCUCGGCGUGUUCAACUACAUCGCGGACGCGUACGAGACGUACAGCUCUAGCGCGCAGGCCGCGCAGGGGUUCGUGCGCAACACCAACAGCGGGAUAUUCCCACUGUUCACUCUCCAGAUGUACGAGCGCCUCGGGUAUCCCCAAGCAUCGAGUUUGGUGGCUGGGCUCGGGUUCGCGUUCGCGGCCGCGCCGUUCCUGCUCAUUCGAUAUGGCGCGCGGCUGCGCGCGCGGUCUCCAGUCACAAGCCAGCUCGUGGGCAAUUUGUAGUGUAGUCAUUAGCAUUAGGCAUUGCAUGGGCAC